AUGGUGACACAUAAUCAGUUGUUUUACCAGUCAUAUGACUUCUCAACUGUUAGUAAUGCUAACGUGAACGCUAAGGUUAAGGGAUUUGUUAACGAAAGCUAUGGCGAGGCAAAGUUCGAGCCCAUCUAUGUGCUGAAGGCCACGUGGAAUGCGGCAAAAAGAUUUGGAGGAAAUGAUAAUGUUACGUUCCAAGUCAUAUUUACAAGCAACGGGACGCAUUCGUACUCGUUCAACUGGUACUAUGACGGCGGAAUGCUUGAUUCGUUUGACUCACCAUUUAUUGGUUACAUCGCUGACGGUGACUAUGAGGGCCUUGACAACACAGAAGACGGCAGUUUCUUACGACGAGCUGAUAAAAAUCUAAAACUUAACAGAAAUACAAAUCUUUUCGCUAACGAUCAACUUAAAUGCAACAUCUGGUACAAGAAAGAGAAAUCCAAGGCAUCCAUUCAUAGGAACAUGGAAUUCCGAAUGCCUGUUUGUCCUUGCUUUUAUGAUUGGUUGCAAUGGGACCGGAGCUUCAGUUUGUUGGACGCCACUUGGCACUCGACUUACGUCAUCCACGUACCUAUGGAACCCGCACGUAGGUUAUGGCCAUAUGGAAAGUCAUGUGCCUAUAAUGCAUUUACCGGUUCAUUCAUCGGAUUUGGGUUAGAAGCUGGCACGUUUGCUUCUGUCAAUCGGUUGAUAGCUUCCCGCAGCCAUCAGUUGGAGGACCUGCACUUCAAGAAUGUGUGUUGUGAGAAGACAGACCUUUGUGGUCUGUACUGGGAAGUCAGGCCUCUCGUUUCGCAAUGUUAUUCUUGGUUCCCGUUCUCUCUGCGAGCCCGAGGAGUUGGUGAUCCUCACUUUAACACGUUAGAUGGCGCAACCUACACCUUCAACGGCCAUGGCGAAUACAUGAUGAUGAAAAUAAUUGAACAAGGUUUAGCCCUCGAGAUCCAGUGCCGAACACGGCGAGCAAAGAAAGUCACAGGCGAUCUCUCUGACGCUACCGUGUUCUCCGGCUUUGCCAUACAGGGCGAUAGGGUCUGGAUGCAAGUGGAGCUAAAUGAGGCUGGGGACAAGACACGGCUUUUCGUGGGCACGAGGAUGACUACCGCACAAGAGUCAAUUUUCAAAUAUGCGGACGGCUAUACCCACGCCAAUUUUAUACAGGAGAACUUUACUCCGAAAUUCCUGGAGGAAGCAAACGCUACAUUGCGAGCGGAAGCAGAACAGAAGUGCAAUGCAAACCUUCAGUGUGUAUUUGAUUUUAUCUUCACCGGAAAUGAGCAACUUGCAAGGGAGACCGAAAGGACGGAAGAGCUUGCAGUACGGGCAAAUGAGGCAGCAAGCAACCAAAUUCCGAAUAUAACUGUGGUAACUGGAACACAGAUGGUCGACAACAAGAAUAUUUUGAUACUGAACGUCAACGAAACAAAGUCAAUAACAGUAAAAGGAGAAGACGAUGGAAGCACUAUCACUGUUACUGACAGCAAGAAUGUGAGCGCUCCCAUUCUGGACAUUGUCAUCGUGGUGUGUUCUCUGUGUAGCGGUCACGGCACGUGCAACACGAGCGUAUUUAGAGAGGCCCAGGGCAAUCCUAACCACAAAUUAGCAACAUGCCAAUGCGAGCCGUACUGGACAGGGGAUGAUUGCCAAACUGACUUUGACGCAUGCACAACUAACCCUUGUUCAUUUGAACGCAACUGCACGGACACAAAAGCAGAGGCACACAAAGCUAAUCCCUCCUUACCGGCAUAUACUUGCACUCCAUGCCCUGCGGGCUUUGAAGACAAAACUGAUAAGUGCGAGGAUAUCAACGAAUGUAAUAACCAGCCUUGUGGUCUACAUUCUUGCGUCAACACAGUUGGAAGUUUUUCGUGCGUUUGCAAUGCUGGAUACCGUUUGUCUUCAACCAAUAAUAGCAUGUGUAACGAUAUCAACGAGUGUGAUGAGUCGACUAGCGGCUGUGAACAUAUCUGCAACAACACCCAGGGCAGCGUCACAUGUGCCUGCUUCUCCGGAUUCGUGUACAAUUCAACAUCAAAACAAUGCAAGCAAGAUACGCCACCCAGCGUCUGUAUAGGUAAAUGUAACGGUACAGACGGAUGUGUGGAUGCGAACAACACAGCCAAGUGUUUCUGCAAAGCUGGUUACAAGCUGAACGGUAACAACACAAGUUGCGAAGAUAUUAACGAGUGCGAUACAAUUAAACCAUGUUCCCAAAAAUGCAAUAACAGUGAUGGAAGUUACCAGUGCAGUUGUUACGAUGGAUACACACUUGGAGUUGACAAAACCACUUGUGAAGUUUGCCAAUUCCCCAACUACGGCGCUCAGUGCUCUAAAAUUUGUCAGUGCGGGGCUGGUUCCGAUAGCUGCGACCCUGUACACGGAUGCGUCUGUAAGACUGGCUGGUCGGGAACCGACUGUGACAUCGACAUAAACGAGUGCGACACGCCAAAUAAAUGCGUUCACUCAAAUAAAGUGUGUACGAACACGGUCGGAUCUUACACAUGCACGUGUCGUGAAGGGUUCGAAAAUAGCACAUGCGAAGACAUCGACGAAUGUCAGAGGCCAGCUCUGAACACUUGCAGUCAGAAUUGUACCAACACGAUUGGUGGUUUCAUUUGCUCUUGUGCGGAAGGCUACAUUUAUAACGCGACCGACUCGACGCAGUGCGCAGAUAUCGACGAGUGUGCAGCUGGCGUAUCAGGGUGUACACAUAUUUGCUUCAACUACGCCGGUCGGUUCAGCUGCGACUGUUACUUUGGGUUCCAACUUCAGGACGACCGACAGACUUGCGUUUUAGCAAAUGACGUGUGCAUGAAAGAGUUCCCAGACAACGGCUGCUCAGACAUUUGUAGAGCGGACCUGCAAAACAAGACCUACAAGUGCCUAUGUAACACCGGUUACAAGCUUGGUGCUGACAACAAAACGUGCAUAGAUAUAAACGAGUGUGAAGAUUCGUUUUUGAACGAAUGCUCACAGACGUAUGUAAAUACUCGUGGGGGUUAUACGUGCGCGUGCAAUACGGGCUUCAAACUAGCCAAUGACCUACGCACUUGUGAUGUCUGUGACCCUUUCCACUAUGGCGACAACUGCACUACCUUGUGUGGCUGCGAUGUGGGAGCCGAGAGGUGUGACAGCGUGACAGGAUGCGUGUGCAAGCAGGGCUGGAUCGGCGCCAAGUGCAACAUAGAUGAAAAUGAGUGCGCUGAUCCAAACAGAUGUCCGGGUAGUAACACAAUGUGCUCCAGCUCUUACCAGUGUGGCUGCAUGACGGGUUAUACAAAAGAGGGUGCAAACUGCGUUGACAUAGACGAAUGCUUGAAGUCCAACGAUUGUCAGCAGAUUUGCACGAACACAGUGGGUAGCUACAAGUGCAGUUGUAAUCCAGGUUACGUACAAAAUGACAAAGAGUGCACAGACAUUGAUGAGUGCACGAACGGACAGUCUGGUUGCGCCCAGGUGUGCACAAACACCGACGGGCGCUUCCGUUGCUCAUGUAACGAGUUUUACAUGCUUGCCGACGACAAAAAGGCGUGUUUACCGCAAGAAAAGUGUUCUACCCCAAACCUAUGCACAAACGGAGUUUGUGCGAUGAUACAUGCCACAGAAACAUGCCCGUGCAAUGCAGGCUUUCAGUUCAAGGCAGGAAACAUAACCGUGUGCGAAGAUAUUAAAGAAUGUGCAAAGAAUCCGAAUCCCUGCUCGCAAUCAUGCUUAGAGACAGAGGGCUACUAUGAAUGCGCGUGUAACCAGACAGGCUACCAGCUGGCUGAGGACAAGACAACUUGCAUAAACUGCUCCGCUGGAAAAUUCGGUCAAAACUGCACACAGACCUGCGAUUGCGUAGAAGCUAACACUGAGUCAUGUGCACGUGAUACUGGUACAUGUACGUGUAAGGCAGGCUUGAUAGGGACCAAGUGCGAAGAAGACAAAAACGAGUGUAGCACAGACCCUUGUACCGCGAAUUCAACGUGCCAAAACACGAAUGGGUCAUACGUUUGCGACUGCAAUUCUGGCUACAUUAAAUCUGCAGAUGGAACAUGUCGAGUUUGCCGGUCCUGGCAAUAUGGAGCCAGAUGUGCAAGUGACUGUGAGUGUGACACUAACAACUCGCUUAGUUGCUCAAACACCAAUGGAACAUGUACUUGUAAAAACGGAUGGCGAGGAGACAACUGCACCACGAACGUCAAUGAAUGCCAGGCUAACCCAACCAUUUGCAAUGACUCUUUGAAGACUUGCAAGGAUGAGCUUGGGUCUUAUACAUGCGACUGUAAUUAUGGGUACAUAUUGCUUGACGGCGUAUGUACAGAUAUAGACGAGUGUUUGGAAGGUACAGAUAACUGCACUCAGAUGUGUAACAAUACGGUUAGGGGGUUUGAAUGUGAAUGUAACCCUGGAUUCAGUGGCACUGGUAAUAAUUGCACUGCUUGUGCGGAUGCCACAUGGGGUGUACAGUGUAACAGGAGUUGUGGCUGCGUAGCGAACAACACACAAAUCUGUGACAAGGCCACCGGUUGCACCUGCAAGACUGGAUGGAAGGGAACCACGUGUAGUGAGGAUCGAGAUGAAUGCUCAGAAGGGACCCACAACUGUCGACAAGAUCCCACGUGUGUCAAUAAUAACGGAUCAUUCACUUGUCCAUGCAACAUCGGAUAUACUGAUGUUUCCAAUGUAUGCACAGCAUGUAGCAACAAUAACUAUGGGAAUAGCUGUAACACGUCGUGUAAUUGCAACACCACCAACGCAUUGGUUUCAACGCAGACUUGCAAUCAUGUGAAUGGCACGUGUUUGUGCAAAGCCCAAUGGGAAGGUGCUACGUGUGAAGCUGAUGUAGACGAAUGCAAGCUUGGUACUCAUAACUGUGGACAAGAUUCCACGUGUGUCAAUAAUAACGGAUCAUUCACCUGUCCAUGCAACAUCGGAUAUAUUAAUGUUUUCAAUGUAUGCACAGCAUGCAGUAACAAUAAAUAUGGAGACGGUUGUAACAAACCGUGUAACUGCAAUGCCACCAACACGCUCACACCAACGCAGUCAUGCAAUAAUGUUAACGGGACGUGCAUGUGCACAUCCCAAUGGCAAGAACCGACGUGUAUCACUGAUGCGGACGAAUGCCAGCGCGGAACACACAAUUGUAGCGCCAACCUCAAAAAGUUCUGUCACAAUACUAUCGGAGGGUUUGCAUGCUCGUGUCUGACAGGCUUUAAGGAAGGAACUAACGGAGAAUGCGUGGCGGAAGGCACCAUGACCACAACAUUACCCCAAAGUGAAAACGCUGUCGUAAUUUCCGUCAGGAUUAAUAUUGCCGAAUCUAAAGUCAAAAAUUUGAACUUUUCUGUGAAGGCGACGUUCGAUGAGAUGGCAGCUAAAUUGAAUAAAUCGAUUUUUAAUUACUUUAAAAACCCUAUGGGGAGCAAACUAAAGCAGGUGACAAUUCACAGUAUAAAAAUUGGUAGCUUGGAUGUGAACGCAUCCCUUAUAAAAGAAAAGAGCGAGGAGGCCUCACAAGUCUUCUCACAAGCCUCACAAGACUUGAUAAACGGUACACUGGUCUUGGACGGCGAGUCGUUCCCGUCGAAUCUCUACGCAAUCAACGGGAUACCCAUUGAUACUAAAAAAACUGCGUAUGAACAAACGUGUGCUAUCUACCUGAGUGAUCGUGGCCAGUGCGAUAACAACUACGCAUGCGUGGUGGUCGAUGAAAGGCCUUCCUGCGAAUCUGUCAAGAAGGAUAACGAUUUAGGACUGGUGCUUGGUCUUGGAAUUGGCAUUCCGCUGGGUCUGAUCGCCUGUCUGGCUGUAGCCGUUAUCAUCAUUUAUGCAUUAAGAAACCGACGCAGGAAGCAAUCAACUGAUAACGAAAGGGACUCGAUCAACAAUGGCUUUUUCACACGCGGAAUACCGGUUAAAAUAGAUACAUGGGGCCGACACGACCCUUUGUAUAAGCAGCACAGCCGCCAAUGGGACUCCUCGUCCUCCUCCUUCUCUGACGACGACCGGUCGAGUCGACUUUAUAAGGGUAUUGAAUAUCCGGCAUAUAGGGGCAUUGAAUAUCCGGCACAGGAUCGAUAUGUAUACGAUAAUCAACAGCAGCCUUCGAACUUCUCGUGGGACUUCAUAUACAAAUACAUAUCUCCGGACGAUUCAUAUCGCAUUCAGCGACCAGUGACCGAAAGAAGGCCAAACCCUAUAUUCGAGGGCACAAACAUGUGAAUGGAUAUAGUAUAAACUUAGCCAGUCAACAUAUAUGCUGUCAUGCAUAACGUCUUCAAAAGAGCAUUCAUCUCAUCCAUUCUUCCUUAAUAUCACAGAACAGAACAGAAUAGUUUAUUUGACUUAAGCAUAUACAGCUCAUCGUCGUUAACAUACAUAUACAAUAACAGCAUGCGUUACAAUUAAAUACAAAAUAUACAUCAUUCGAAAGAAGAUCGAUUAAACAAAGAAUGAAAUACAACAUGUUUAAGUGAGAAUGUCACAUGGAAGACGUUGAUACUGGGUGACCACAUAAUGUAAAAAGUUGUUUAAUGCUUGCAACAAGUAUUACAUUAUUAUACGCUUAGUGGCUUUAUGAAAGAUAUAUAAUAUAUAGCAAGUUUCAAGAUUGUUUGUUGGAAAAAAACGGCAAAACGCCACUGACCAUUGAUAAACAAGUAAACACAGUAUAGUCAAAGUGUAUCAAUGAAUUACAAAUACAAUCAAGUAAAUAAAAUAUUCUACAAUGAAACAUGUUCACAUAUAUAAGACAUUUUCUCGCAUUUCAAAGCCUUUUAAACAAAACAUGGCUAAUUUUCUAAACACAUUUUUCUUUGAACUAUUAAGUAAUUCGAUAAAUAUCGUUUUGCUGAGGAUUUACAACUGUAGUUCCGGUGAUACAAUGACCAUUUAGAUGACUGUUGUGUAAUUUGUUAAUAGUUAUCACAAUAAAAAGCUAGUGUGACUUUAUUGUAUCUGUUUGGGAUAUGACUCCGUUUUUGUACAUAUCUUUCUCUCACGCGGUGCUCCAAAGACGAAAUAGUUGUUUUUUAUCUUAGAUAUCAUCGAAAUGUAAAUAAAGCAUUAGCUUGUUUCGGGUUAUGUACGGUUGCACAUGCUUCGGGUCACACAUUAUUAAUUAGAAUUGAUAUAUUGAUUAUUUUUACUGAAGAAAACAUUUGAUUGUUGAAAUGAUAAACCAUUGUUUGAUAUUGUAUAAUUUCGAGUUUCGAUAUACGUGUACAAUAUCACACCAAGUACAUCGGAAUGAUGGUAUUUCAUAAGAUUGCCUUACAAAUGACGAAAAUCUUAAUGAUCUUUUCCUAUAAUCGACACAAGGCGCAAUUUUAGAUUGUUUAAAUCAAUAUUUUUGUGUGGUCGCGACUUAGGUCUUCUCCGUUGUUGCAAAUGGGAAGAGCAUAGUUAAUAUAUGUCGAUAAUUUGUGUGUAACGAAUAUGAAAACAUAAACCAUAUACAUAAUAUCAAUAUUAAAGGUAUAUUUAAUUGCUUUAAAUGAUUGGCUUUAUGGAACCGUAGAGUUGAUAUUCGAUAUCUUGUUUUACGAACAUCUGUUUAAAUGUGUUUUUCUUUCACCAGAUUCUCUUGUAUGAAUAUGACAUAAACAUAUAUUAAUAUCUGCUAUUGAAUAUAAUACACAAUCAGUUAAACAUGUGUUUAUUAUAGAAUUUUACCCAUAUUCAUAUUGUGUCAAGAAUAUACUUAUGUUUGUUUGAUGUUGCAUCAAACUGUAAUCAAAGUUAAAUUUAACUGUUACUAUUAUUUGUUUAUAUUAAAUAUAGAUUUGUUUUGAUGUAAUGCUUAUUUAUAUUAAUCAUAAUAUACCUUACUUAAUUUGACAUAAUAUUGUAUUAAUAAAAGUGGGCAACAUA